UAAAAAACGACUGCUCGCGGCUGCAGACAAAAUCCCUACGACCGGCUGCAAAGAAAAACUCGCAAAUAAUUAAUUAAAAAAUUAACUAUUAAAAUAAGAUACGUAAAUAGUACAGUUACCAUAUUUUAAACAUGGUAGUUAUGCCUGGACCAACCGGGCAUCCCCGUACCUUUCCGUUUCAAGAUCAAAUCGAUAAAAUUAUUUUUGAAUAUAUUGCAAACAACCAAAGAAAUUGUAAAAUUAAGAAUGGAAGGGAGAUGACCCUUAUUAUAAAACUGGUCUUAUAUACCAAGACCGAACCGAACGCUUAUAUCCAUCAAUAUCUCAAACUUCUCGAGGACAAAGUGACUUUAAACCAUGGCGAUCACUGGGUUCCGUUAUGUUGGGCUUAUUCUGAAAUUUCUGAAAUUCUUAACCACAGAAACCUUCCCCCUGACGCAGGUCGUCGAAAAUUGAAAGAAUUCUUCCAAUUUUGCAUCCUUCGUCGUGCCAGCAGUUUGUUCGACCUACACCAAAUCAUGGUGAUGAUGGACCAUUCAGGCAGGUUGGGUCCCCUGAGUCGAGAAACAGUUCUAGAAUUAGUGAAAAUUGGACAUUCCCAACUAGGAACAUGCACAAUAGAGGAAAUUAUCCUUCACAAAGCGAGAAUUUUGUCUCAAAACAAACGCUUUCCAGAAAUCAAGUCGUUGGACGAUAUUGGACCAGCUGUUUACGGAAGUGACCCUGUAAAAAUGACAAUUUCAGACUUCUACCCGACAAUCUUCGAAACUGCGGAACGAAUCGAGAUCCCCCACAUCUUCCAGCGGUUGCAAGCUUCUUUCAGAGAAAAGAUCCAGUCCGGCAUGAGUCUGACGGAUGUGCCCAAACUGAUAAGAGAGAUGGUGGAUGUUUGUCCUGCUAACGAAAAAGCUAAUGGAACAAUAUGGCACAUGUUGGAUAAGAUGAGUAAAAACGAGUCACUCGGUGUCAUCGACGCUUUGGCCUUCCUUUGGGUUUAUGUCGGCGUGUUGGAGAAGAGAAGGAUUGCGAUCGGCGAAAUUCGUCGAGCUAAACGUAAAGUGGACGCUCUCGCCGGUAGACUUUUUCAAGCAGCAGUCCAAAAAGAGAAUAUAGAGCACGUUGCUAAUCUUUGGAAUGCGGUACGGUACUUGCACAAUCCCACACCGAAGGGGGGCGACUUUUCAAUUACGAAAGCCAUUUUACAUGAAGCGUAUCCAAACAUGGACUUAUCCAUGGACUAUUCAAGGGUCAGUUACGAGCCAGAUAAAUUCUUCAAGGCGAUGUCUACGAAUAGACCUUUACGACCAGCAGAGGAGACGGAAAGAAGUGACAACUCAGAAGACGCUAAAAUUGUUCAGGACGGAGCCAAGAAACUAAAAAAGAAGGAGCAUAAACAUAAAUCCAGUGGUGACCAGCGUCAAACCGAGGCCAAUUUAGUCCCAAAUCAAACAUAUACUAAUGAUCAAGGUCAACAAUCAACUUUGGAGGCAACGGAUUUGACACCCCCACCCACACCAGAGCUUGACUACCAAUCACCCACUGCAACUGCAUCGUCACCCCCUCCAAGAACGAAGAAGAAAAAACGUGACACGGAUGAAAAUUCUGGCGUGAUCCUUGAGAAAGUUGUUUCCACUGUCGACCCCACAGAUUUAGAAAUUGACACAGAAGAAUUACCCCCACAAGACAUUAAACUAGAGAAUACAGAACCUCCUCUAUCUUCCACGGCAACGAAUACUUGCAAGAAAAAUAAGAAACGGAAACGGGACGGUGAAUCUAUUCCACUCCAAAGUCAAGGCCUUACAGAUUCUGACCCCAACGACAGCAGCACGACAGCAAAUAUAUCCAUUUCGAAAAAGAAGAAAAGAAAACACGAGAAAAAAUCAGAUGACCCGAUCAUCCCGAAUCCGGAGAGGAAAAACUCCACCAGGCAACCACUAUAAAUGAGAACGAUCCUACUUCUAUACCAGAGGUCAAUUUAGAUGAGCCACCAGUUCAAGAACAAAUUCAAACUCUUGCAUCAAAAAAGAAAAUAAAAUCCAAACCAAAUCCGGACCAUGCAAAACAUGCCAAUAAUGCACAACAAGAACAAUAUUUGUUCCCCCCUCCACCCAAUGAUGAUGAUGAUCUACCCCAGGCAUCAUUUCCAGACCCGACUUCUUCUAAUGCAAUCUUAUUCAUCACAGAUCCAAACGUCCACAUAAGAAUGAAUCCGUUUCUCUUACCCUCGGAUAACACCCUUGGUUUUUCCGCCAGAAGUAUUUUACCUUCAAAGAAGAUGAAAAGGUCAAAGAAAAAUGAAGAUUCUCCCGCUCUUCCUCCACUGGAGGAGGAGCCAGAAAUUCCCAUAAUUCCGCCCGACUGCACGGAGACCCUUAUGAGGAUUAAAUUCACCUCAAGCGAGUACCUCGACGCGACACUGGCCGACAAUUAUUAUGCUCAAGGGAUCAAAGUGGUCAAUGGGAUUCGUCGAGUCGUGUUUUAUCAUCGAGUGAAUAUUUAGUUUCAUUUCUUAAUUGGGAUUACUUACAUAUUUAUUAUUAUUUAUGUAUGCAGAUGGGGUUUUUGAAUCUUUACAAUUGUUCAAUAAAUUUUGUAAUUUGCUAAAUAUGAAUAAAAAAUUGAAACUUUUGAUAGA